CAACUUCGAAAAAAGACGUGAAACAGGCAACGAAGCAAAUUGUUAAAAUGCUAAUGAGGAAUAGAAAACCGGAUUGGACGUGGGAAAACUUGACCACGCCAAUUAUCUUGCAGCUUACGGCGCAAAAAACGUUCUUUGGUCGCGGAAAAACUGCAAAUGCUCUUGUGAAAAAUAUAAAAUCAAAGUUCAAAGAAAUGACAAUGAGACAGAAAGCCGAGCACAUCAUUUCAGCAAAAAGUAUGUGUCUUGAUGUCCGUAGUAUCGACGGAGUUGACUUCGCUGGAAAUGUUUCUGAUGAAAUAAAGAUGCAAUUUCCCGAUGAUGCUCGUUUUCCAACUGUUGGAUACGAUAUGCUAUCAAUCGGAAUUGGAUCAGUAUGUAUUAGCGGUAUUCCUUUCGAAGGUUGGUUUGUGGAUAGACUCAUUGAAGGUCAAAACAAAAACGGCAGUUUUGGAGAUUCUGAAUUUCUUCAAAAUACCAUAAAGCUUCUUCCUGCCCUACAUUGCCUAUUUACAAUGCCGAAUUCAACGAUUAAUAAAACCAAACUUAACGAGACUAUUUCCGCCAUGCGAAAUUUUGUCAUCGAAAAUCUAUCCAAAAUGAAGGACGGAGAAAUAGUAAUUGAAAAUAAACCUAUGACGUCGUUGGCAUUGAUAGGUCUAUGGAAAACAAAACGUGAGGGCGAUGAUCCCGAAACGUGGAGUUGUAGGUAUGUUUCAAAUGAAAAAAAAAGUAUGCUGUGUUUAUUCUAGUUAAUUUCCAUACUUCAACCCGGAAUCAACUUUCGUUGUAUUGACCAGUACAACAACAUAAUUGUAUUUUUCUUUUUAUCAGAAAGCUAUCUAGUAUAUUAGGCGUUUACCCGAAACCGGGAGAAAGUACAUUCGAUUUAAUUUCAAGAUUAAUGCGAAUAAAUGGUGCUGCUUUCUUGGAUGUUAGUUCACCAAAAUUUCGUUGCCACGAGACCGAUCCUGUACCAGAAGGCUACGUUCCAGGAAAUAAAUCCAAAAAACUAUUAGAACCUUUAGAAGAUACUAGAAAACUAGAAUGACG